AUGUCUUCCCUGAAACAGCUGGAUAUAGGAUUAUUUCCUGAGUUUGAUCUGGCGGGAGAUCCUUCCAGUGUUGGUCCCAGAUGGCAAAAGUAUUUGAAAGCCUUCAGGCGGUACGCUAAUGCAAAAGGUAUCACUGAUGACGGUCAGAAAAGAGACUUAUUGUUGACAUGUGGGGGUCAAAGGUUACAAGAUUUAUAUGACACCCUACACCCAGAAGACUCCGAGGAGGAAGAAGAAGGGAUGGAGAGACAACUGUCAACCAAUCUGCUGGUGAAACAGGAGAUGGUGGAGGUGAAGGAGCAGCACCGGAAACUCCUACAAACCGGAAAACAGCUGACAUUGGCGAAAUUGCAGGAGAUUGCUUGUGCCUAUGAAGCUGUGGAGACUCAGUUGGAAGAAAUGUGUCCAAAUGAGACUGUCCAUAGAGUAACGGGUAAACCGCAAAGGGAUAAACCGAUUAAAGGUGAAAAGGACCGGGUGUAUCGGAAAACACUGCGACCAUCCCAAGCCGCCGAGCAGCGUGUAAAUUACGCUGAAACGAACCCAACAGAGGAAGAUGGUGACCAUGAGUACACAUUUUGUGUAAACGGUAAAACUGACUGUGACAAAGUAGAAGUCCAGUUGGGAGGGGUACCAGUGAAAAUGGUUAUUGACUCUGGUGCCAGUGCAAACAUCAUCUGCCAAUCUUUGUGGGAGCAGCUGAAAGAAAAGCGGAUCAAGUGUGCGUCACAGAAAUGUACGAAACAACUCUUCGCAUAUGGAUCUAAAGUUCCAUUACCUGUAAUUGGUACAUUUCAGUGCACAGCAGUCGUGCAAAAUACACAGGUGAAUGCAGAGAUCAUGGUUGUGAAAGGAAGUGGACAGCCAUUACUAGGGAAGAAAACUGCAAUGCAACUCGGUGUGCUGAAAGUGGGACUGAAUGACACAAUAGCAAGUGACAGCAUUGAAAAGAAAUUUGAAAAAUGCUGUACAGGGGUUGGUAAGCUAACAGAUUACCAAAUACAACUACAUAUCGAUGAGUCGGUACAACCAGUGGCUCAACCUGUCAGGAGAGCUCCAUUUGCGCUCCGUGACAAAAUCUACCAGAAACUGGAAGAACUGCUUAACAUGGAUAUCAUCGAGCGUGUAGAAGGGCCGACGCGCUGGGUAAGCCCAUUGGUGGUAGUACCGAAGCCGAACGGGGACAUUCGAGUGUGUGUCGACAUGAGGCAAGCAAAUAAAGCGAUCAUCUGUGAGCGCCACUACAUACCAACCGUAGAUGUGGUGCUACAUGAGAUGAACAACAGCAAGGUAUUCAGCAAACUCGACGUAAAAUGGGGAUAUCACCAAGUGGAGUUGAACCCGGAAUCACGUGACAUAACAACGUUCGUGACGCAUGCUGGAUUAUUCCGGUACAAAAGGUUAAUGUUCGGGAUAUCGGCAGCACCAGAGAAAUAUCAGCAUGUCUUAGAACAGGUUCUGGCCGGAUGCGGGGCCAGUAACAUUUCCGACGACAUUAUCGUUCAUGGAGAUACACAAGAAGAACAUGAUAAAUGCAUGCUGAGUGUACUGAAGAGAUUGAAUGAGCGUGGACUGACUUUAAAUAAGGACAAGUGCAAGUUUAACCUGACACAGAUAGAAUUCAUGGGACUUCUGUUGUCAACCAGAGGUGUGGGUCCAACCGAAGAGAAGGUCAGAGCCAUAGUGGAUGCUAGGGAGCCUGAAACCGCAGCGGAAGUACGUAGUUUCCUGGGCCUGGUCAACUUCAGUGCAAGGUUCAUCCCGGAUUUUGCUAGUGUGAGUGAACCGAUGAGGAGACUAACCAGAAAAGGCGAAGAAUUCAAAUGGGGCCCGGAACAGACCAAGUCGUUCAAAGAACUGAAACGUCGGUUGGCCAAUCACGAAACAUUGGCUUACUUUAGACAAGGGGAGAAAACACAGGUCAUAGCGGAUGUCGGUCUUGGCGGGAUACUGGUUCAAAUACAGGACGGAGAGCCCAGAGUUGUGAGCUAUGCCAGCCGCAGUCUCAGCGAUGUAGAGCGCAGGUAUUCGCAAACCGAGAAGGAGGCGCUAGCAUUAGUGUGGGCAUGUGAGAAGUUUCAUACGUACUUGUAUGGCAUCACGUUUGAACUAGUUACAGAUCACAAGCCUCUGGAAGUGAUCUAUUCAGCCAGAUCGAAACCAUCUGCUCGUAUCGAAAGAUGGGUAUUACGCUUGCAGCCAUACGUGUUCGAUGUCGUGUACAAACCGGGGAAGAAUAACAUUGCUGAUGCGUUAUCUCGGUUAACACAAGUCACAAAAGCACAGAAGAACGUGGCUGAAGAAUAUGUCCAGUUUGUCACUAAAGCAGCGACACCGCGAGCUAUGACGACACAAGAGAUCGAAGAAGAGUCAGCCAGGGAUGCUGAACUACAGGAAGUGCGACAAUGUAUCAGUCUGCAGAAGAAAUGGGAAGAUUGCAAGUCAGCAGGCUACAAACAUUUGCGAGAUGAACUAUGUGUUGUUGGCAAUGUAGUGCUGCGUGAUAGGAGAAUCGUCCUGCCAUGUAAACUGCGACCAUGGGCGAUUGAACUAGCUCAUGAGGGGCACCCAGGCAUUGUGGCCAUGAAGCAACUGUUGAGAACCAAACUGUGGUGGCCGAAUAUCGACAAAGAGGCUGAACGCCAAUGCCGUGCUUGCCACAGCUGCCAACUUGUUGGUAUGCCCAAUGCACGUGAGCCUAUGUCGCGAACAACAAUGCCCAAGGGACCGUGGAAGGAUGUGGCAGUGGAUUUUCUUGGACCGUUACCAAAUGGAGUAAGUCUGCUAGUAGUGGUAGAUUACUAUAGUAGAUACUUUGAAGUUGCAUUCAUGAGGAGCACCACCUCUGAGAAAACAAUUGAGGCACUGGCGGAAAUGUUUGUGACACACGGUCUCCCAGUGACACUCUCAUCUGACAACGGGCCACAGUUCAGGUCUGUUGAGUUCAGGCAAUGUUGCAAGGACAAUGGCAUCAAAUUGUGCAAUGGCACAGAGAGAGUACGCUGA